AGAUGGCGGCGCCGUCGCCGGGCCAGGAGGGGGAGCCGGGCCUGGAGGCCGAGCGGGCGGCGCCGGCCCCGCUGAUCCUGACGGCGCUGCCGGGGGAGCUGCUGGAGCUGAUCGCCUACUGCGGGCCGCUGAGCGCCGCCGACGUGGGCCGCCUGGCCUGCACCUGCCGCCGCCUCAGGGAGGCCUGUCAGCCCCGCGGGAAGGUCUGGCGGGAGCAGUUCCGACGCAGGUGGCCAUCGCUAAUGAAAUACUACAACCAGACAGAGAGUGUCAAUUGGCUGGAAGAAUAUAAAGAACGGCACAAAGCUGGCUUGGAAGCAAGAAGAGUUGUAGCAUCAUUCUCCAAAAGAUUCUUUACGGAGCAGGUUCCCUGUGAUGGCUUCAGCGACAUUGAGACUCUGGAGUGCCCAAGCCACUUCUUUGAGGAUGAACUGAUGUCCAUCCUCAAUAUGGAAGGAAGGAAAGGCCUGACAUGGAAGUACUAUGCAAAGAAAAUUCUCUACUUCCUGCGGCAACAAAAUAUUUUAAAGAAACUGAAGGUAUAUCUUCAACACCCAGCAGAUGAACAGACUUUCUUGGAAGGUGCUGUAUUAAUUGAUCAAUAUUGUAACCCUUUGUUGGACAUUUGCCUAGAGACUGUCCAGGCCCAGGUUGAUGAUAUUGCUUCUAAAGUUCGUAAAUUUCUGAAAUCUAAAAACCCUAGGCAUCCCAGCGUGACCUCAAAAACAGGAGAAGUCUCUCAGGAAGUCUCUCAGGUGGAACUUCAGAGGCAGGUUCUGGAUGCCAUGAACUACGUCUUGUAUGAACAAUUGAAAUACAAAGGGAACGAGGUGGAUUAUUACAAUUCUCUGAAUUCAUACAUUCGCCAGGUUUUGAUCCAUCGGACUGGAAUCCCAAUCAGCUUGUCUGUGCUUUAUUUGACGAUUGCCAGGCAGUUGGGAGUCAGGUUGGAGCCUGUCAACUUUCCCAGUCACUUUUUGCUCAGAUGGUGCCAAGGGACAGAAGGAAGCACGAACAUCUUUGACUACACUUACAUAGAUGCUUUUGGAAAGGGAAAGCAGCUAACGGUGAAAGAAUGUGAGUACCUGAUUGGACACCAUGUAACAGAGGAGUUCUAUGGUGUGGCAACGGCAAAGGAAGUGUUGCAGCGAAUGGUGGGCAAUUUGCUGAACAUUGGAAAACGGGAAAGCACUGAUCAGUCUUAUCAGCUCUUGAGAGACUCAUUGGAUCUGUACCUGGCCAUGUAUCCAGACAAUGUGCAGCAUCUCAUGCUCCAAGCAAGACUGUACUUCCACCUGGGAAUCUGGCCAGAAAAGGUCCUGGACAUUUUGCAACACAUCCAAGCAUUGGACCCUUCCCAGCAUGGGGCGGUGGGCUAUUUAGUCCAGCAUACACUGGAACACAUUGAACGCCGGAAAGAGGAAACAGGUCCUGAUGUGAAGCUCCACUCAGAUGAGAAGCACAAAGAUGUCUGCUAUUCUGUUGGCCUGGUUAUGAAGCACAAGAGAUACGGCUACAACUGCGUGAUCUACGGCUGGGACCCAGCCUGCAUGAUGGGGCAUGAGUGGAUUCGAAACAUGAACGUCCAUAGCUUGCCACACGGUCCCCACCAACCUUUCUAUAAUGUAUUGGUGGAAGAUGGAUCUUGCCGAUAUGCUGCACAGGAGAACCUGGAAUAUAACACAGAGCCUGGCGAAAUCUCUCACCCAGACGUCGGCCGCUACUUUAUGGAGUUUGCUGGCACAUACUACGUGGCAAACACAGAGUUGGAGAUCCGAUACCCUGAGGAUACGGAGCUUACGUGUGCAACUGUCCAAAAGACAUACAGCGAGAAUAAAGAAUGAGCUUCUGAUCUUUUUUCCAAGGGCAGAAGGAUACCUUCACACAAAAAUGCCAUGUGAAUGGCAGUGCAGGAAGCUGGUUUCCAUAGCUGUUCUCUGGCCUAAGGAGGAACUGCACUUUGGUUUGUAACUAGAGGUGAAGCAUCUCUUCUGUAACUACUCAGUUGUAUCACAGCAACACAAAUGAAUGGAUGUGGGUUGCAUGAAUUGCCUGGACAGGAUAUCACUUGUCCAGAAUUGUUGUUGCCAUACAAAAAAAUUCUAGCCACUUUCAUCAAGUCCGGCUCUUGUUCUUGACUUCUGGGGUAUAGCCUGGAGACUAAAAAUGCCCACCCUUGAUUACAUUUGUGCUAUGCUAAUGGUCUGAGUUUUGCACAUUGUAGUCAACAUCCCUUUGAAAUAACACAACCUCUUCCCAAACCGAUUUUUUCCCAUUUCUUUGAUCCUUACUGUAGCCAGCAGUCCAGUGCCAAAGUCUUGGAAAUGAUGCUGAAACUUUCUUGCCCAGAGACCUUGAAUAUAUGUUAAGGUCUGCUGAGUGGAAUUCUUCCUGAUGUAUCAAAUGAACAGCAUAAUCUCCUUGUGUACAGGAAGUUCAUAGGGAACAGGAAGUUACAUCAAGUUUCCUGUUCCCUGUGGGGUUUUUCGGUCCGAAUUUUGUUGUUUUUUGAUUGCCAGCAAGAUGUAUUGAUGAUGCCAUGUUUGUGAUCAGAUUAUAUGUUUAAACCCUUCUCUCCAUUUCCCCCUUUUUCUUUAUCUCUUAGGUCUUUUUUGCAGAAAUUCCAUGGUAAGAUGCAAACCAGAUAUUCCUCUCUUCUGUCUGCCAUGAUCUACUCAAAAGAGAAAUGUUUUCUGCUAUGACUUUAACAAUGCAAUCCUAAACAGAUUUAUACCCUUCUAAUCCCGCAGUGGAUUUAGAAGAAUGUAACUGAGUAGCAGACUUGGUUGUUAAAACUGAACUCCGGUUUCUGUCUGAUCCAAACAUUGUUCUUGGGCAGAAGAAACUGUUAAUCUCUGAAGUUUGCAAUAUUAGAGACUGCUAAACAAAUCUGGGUGAAGUUACAGGAAUGGGAUCUGGGCAUGCAGGGGAAAAAAUGGCUGCUGAUGCCCUCUGUUUUAUUGGGCAUCUUAAACAUAUCACGCAAUCAUGUGGAACAGUAAUUUCGAAAUUAGCCUCUGUAAACAGGCAGCAGCAGUGUUCACUGGAUUAUCUGCUUAAUGCCAGUGUAGGUAAGUUAUAAUUAUCACGUUAUAAAAAUAAAAGUGAUAAACAUGUUCAGUUUCGAAUAACACUGUUAAUAGCAGUGAAACCGGUUUUUUUAGACUGACGAUUUGCAUGCCAUAUUUUCGUAAUAAUUAACAAGCACAUUUCCUUGUGAGCAUCUAUGUAUCUGCUGGGUGAUAUGAAGCAGAUAACAUAGAGGAACUGGUUCAGGCAUGACAUAUCUCGUGUCUGCAAGUCAUUCGACCCGUCCACCAAGUGACUGUGCACUUACUUGUACAGUCAUAAAGUUUAGGUCACAGCAGUUUGGUCUGCAGCCCCCUUUUGAGAUCACAUAAAACUGGCAAAAAAGUUCAUGCCAUAACAGCUGACAACAACUGCCGAAAUUUACAUCAGUUUUACAUACAUGAACAAGUGACAUAUUGCUCAGAUCAGCCCUGAGAAAGCCAAGGAAAGGGGAACUGAGGAUGCAGAUGGAAAAGGAGGGGGGAGAAAUGCAUCAGCUUGUACAGUAAAUGUGCAACACAGUCCUGUGCAUCUCUGUACUCAGAAUAAAGUCACACUGUGGUCCGUAGAGCUUAUUCCCUGGUAAAUGUGCACAGAAUUCUCCCUUCAGUCUGAAUUUGAAAAGCCUCCACUGCAGAACAUGAAAUCCUAUGCAAUUUGUGGAACGUUGAGUAUCCGAAUCUCCUACUGUAAGAACUUCUAGCAAUAUUAUAGCCUGGCCUCUCUGGUAGGAGGGAUGCUGCUACCUGAGGACAUGAGGGAACAGUCUGUCUGCCUCAAGCUUCAGUUUCUUGGGCUACAAAUACAGCAGAAUGAGAUCAUAAAGCACCGGUGAUAAGACUGGGCUGCACCACAUGAGCCAUUGGGGGUGGGUGUUCGGAUCCCUUGUGUUCAAAAGUUUUCUGCAAGUGGAAAGUUAGUCCAGCAAGAGACUAGGUUAGGCUUUUCUCCCUGAUAAGCUUGUUUUCUUCAUGCAGGUGGUUUUAAUGUAGAGGAAGAUCCCUCCAAUGGUACUGCAUUCUGUCACCUCAUUCUUCUGUAUGCAUAAUCCAGACCUUGUUUGCAUUUGGGUCUUUAGUGGUGGAAUGCCAGGCACUGAUCUACAGCUCUUGCACUAGUCACGAGACUUCAAUUCCAAGCUGCUUUCCCCCACUCCUCUCUGGGCUACUGGUAGUCUGAUGAUCUGCAGCCCCUUUCUCCCACGGUGCUCUUGGCGUCGUUUGCAAUGCACUUAGAAGUCUUUAAAUGAAAGGUGCUAUAUAUGUAUAUGUACAGAUAUACACACAUUACUAUGAUGCUUUAAAAAUAGAAUUUGUAAAGCCAAUGUUCAUUAUGUGGUUUUGAACACAAAAAGAGCUAUUUUAAGGAGAGUCUUGAGGAUGGGGUCCUCCAACUCCCGAAGACAUCUCUGGAAUAAAAUGUUUAAUCUGUCACAUUAUGAACUCUAUGUAUUAACGCCGACUGUUUUGAAAUCUGUUGUGUUUAUUCAGAGACUUUGGCAGAUACUCUGGCAGGGUUUCUUACAACUUAAUCUACACCUGAGUCUCUUGGACAUUUUAUAUGUUUUAAUAGAAUGAUUUCUGGGCCUGCAGAGGCAAAAGAACUUAACUGUUUUUUCAUUGUCCUGUAAAGCUCUGUUAAUGACUGUUCUUUGCUAGCCUAUAAGAUUGGACCAACUGCGAGGUAAUAACGAGUAUGAGUGUUCCAAGUGAGUGCAGCGUACUUGGCUUUUGUGCUGUAUAUGUUGGACUUAUGCACAAUGCUUAAUUUUCUUCUUUAAAGUCUUCAAGCCUCCCUGGAAUACAUCCCCUUAUUUCAAGUUCUGAUGCUUAAUCAAAGAUGGCUUGGAGGUUGCCUGAUCAUUCUCUGGGACAGGAAAUGUGUACUUCUCAUAUGCCCAGAGGUUCUCUUUAUUAUUGCCGAGUGGUUCUGGGGCUGAGCCUUGGCAUUAAGAGCAGGUUCUGGGACUGAGACCCGGAACAAAUUAAGCCCUUAAUUUUUACAGCGAUGCCAAUUUUCUUCCCUUUGUCCAAUACAAUGGCUGCAAAUUGUUGAAACCUAUGAAUGACUAAAAGGCUUGAUAUUUGAGCCAAAAUAAUUAGAGAAAAUAAAAUCCCUGAGGGGUGAGACAAAGGGUCUAGCUACUCCACCAUUUCUUGAAAGAAUCCCAGCAGCCAUAAGACAACCUAUCAGAAACUGGCCAGUGAUCUGCGAGGUUUACCAUCUUCUCAUCUCUGGUCUAAUGUGCUUAAGUUUACUGAUUAAAGAUAAAAAAGCUUAUAUCCUGAAAUAGGUUGUUGGUCUUUUAAGAUACUACUGGAUUCAAAUUUCAUUCUACUGCUACAGACUACCCAGUUGAUAAGAACUUGAGAGCUGCUGGAUCAGACCAAAGUUCUGUCUAGUCCAGCAUCCCGUUUCUGUCAGUAGUGGCAAGCCGUAUGCUUCUGGGAAACUCACAGGCAGAGCUCAGAAGUUUUAGAUGGGUAAUCAUCUGCCUUUUAAAUGUAUUGAUUCAUUAAAUUUCAAUGAAUUGGCAUACUACCAAGUCAUCAAUACAGCCAUGGUUUUAGGAUACUGAAAGAAGGGUAAAAUAAUUACAUAAGCAAGAAGAAAAGUCUUACUUUAAAUAUUUUCCAUUCCCUAUUGCAUUUAAAUACCUGAAGGACCAUAGCAUCCGAAAAACAGUCUCAUCAGUUAACCUUCAACCUUUUCACCAAAAUAUUGGUUACUCUUGUCAGUUAAACCAAUUGCACUUUGCAGCCCUGUUAAAAACAUUUGCACUUGUAGCCCCCCAAAAUUAGCAUUGUGCAUAAAAUGGACUCUUCCUGCUGCCCUGCAGGCAUUGGUUCUCAGAUUGGUUUGGGACCCCAAAGCAGCUCACAAUUCUCUAGCAAGUGAAUUAUGGGACAGAAGGACGGGGGAGGGGGAGCCAUGAAAGCAGACUGUGGGAGAAUUGAUGGCAGAUUUGGGUUUGCCUCUGUGUUAUGUGCAAAAUGGUCCUGAAACACUUCCUGUUGCUCAGCAAUGCUACAGGUUUAUAAAUACUAAACUUGAAAAUAAAACAUGAACUUGUUCA